AGAGUUCGUUUACAAAAGAUGUACCACGAACUAGUAGUGUUGUCUACUACAUAUUUGUCCCCAGUUUUUCUGCAACUCCUCUUGAGCACUUAGGAAAGAUAUUUGUGCUUGAACUUAUUUCCGUAACUGGCAUUUUAAAGCAUUUAAACCCUUCGAUGCGUUACGGCUAUACCGCGUAUGUCCGCCAGGACAUUGCUCGGCACGUGACGGGCGGAUCCUGCGCACUAGCUGUUUGGUGAGCAGCGAAAUCUCUCCACCCCAAAACCCGCGCCCAAACAAUUGCAUCUCACUCUAACCAAUGCCAAUGGGAUCCGUGGUGCAUUGGUAUGCUUUAGCAUGAAGGGACACUGUUGUGCGAAAUGCCACAGCAUCCUUCCUAGUGGCAAAUGCUAGGACGCGGGAACUACGCAAGUACGAAGAACGAGUCAGCAAACUCAUUUCGCCUGUCAAAAGUUUGGUGAACUGGUUUGCUUAUGGGGUAGUCAGUGCGCCUUUGCGCGGAAAGGAAGUAAACAGUUUUUAUUUGCAACUGGAUUUCUAAAGUUUGAACACUGUGGAAAACUGGAACCACCCUAACGCGUGAAGUUUGUGCUCCAGUUCGGACUGUCUGAAAUUGCCAUCCUUCGGUCGGGAUCGGGAAGUAGUGCAAGAAAGGAAUCGCUUCCAACAAGCGCUACACGAUGGUUGUUGAACGUCGUGGGUGUUUCAGUGUCCUCUAGACAGAAACGGAACAGGGUGCGGACAGUGUUCCAACACAACCCGUUUGUGUGCAGCAAAAGGGAGUAAAAAAUGUGCUUCAUGUUGUGACACUCCGCGUUGAAAACGGGAACGCUGUUCAGGGGAGGGAAAUUCAUGUCCAUGCCGUGUGAUAAGGCCCGAAAGAUGAUUGUUGUAUUAUACAACAAUGUGCAGCAGCAGCAACAACAACACAUCAGACCAUCAGUACAAUAAGCAACGCGGAUUACUUGAGAUACGAAGCAAACGGUUCUCCCCACAGCUAGUGUGAUAGUUGCCCGCCAUAGAUAACCGAUAGUACAACAUCCAGCAACAAUAGUAGUCUUACGUAGAGUAGAGUGUAGUAUUUUGUGUCUUAUGAGACUUUUUUUCUUUUCCAUCGUAAAUCCCGUGGUACGAAGAGGGACAAAUGUUUUACGUGAAGAGUUCAAAUUCUAAUCCGACAAGCGGAUAAGAGGACACAGUGGUGUCAGCUGGCUGAACAAGCUGUUAGUGAUUUGUUAGUUGAAGUCGCUCGUCUAAAGUUUGGCCUGAUUGCCGCUCUACCGCACACAAAACACACCACACAAUGCACGGGUAUCCGUUCAUGCAGGUUGUCCAGUAUAGUGUGCCCACGUGCACCUGGGCCCCACCACCCGUGGAACCACCGCGUCCACCAUCGGCAACAGCGGCUUCCUCAACAUCCGGCGUGCGGAAGUACGUCAUCUGGUGUCUGAUAUGUGGUGGCAUCUCCAGUCUACUCGGUAUACUCUUUCUGGGCAUUUACUUCUUGCUUCGUUCGUACACCAGCACCGUGGGUUACUUCGAAACUGUGCCAACGUUCGUGCCUGCUACCUUGCUCAUGUUAACGGGUAUCUGUAUAAUGAGCCUUGCGAGGCGACGUAACCGGUAUAGCUAUUUGAUCAAAUUAUCCGGAGCAUGUGGACUAGCGUCGGCACUUACCUGCGCCUUGGUAACAGUGACAACGACCGUUCUGCAUAUGAGCCGUCUGCAGGUAUUGCGUGAGUGCGAAUACACGCAGAAAACUCGUACCUGUACCUGUUACUCCGUAACAGCUGAUAAGCAGACGGAAUCCGGUGUGGACGACAGUGUGCGGUUCGUGUUCGACUCCACGUCGGACUGCGGUGUCGUUCACGGUGCACUGUACUCGUGUCUGCGUGCCGUGUUCGGUCUCUCCGUGGCUGGGGUACUAGUGGCCGUGUUCAGCUGUAUGCUCGUGUACCAGUUGUUGAGCCACGAACGGAAAAAGAUGUACUGGGAGCAGUUGGAACUGCGGUGCCGUUCGCUUUACUCUGGCCAACAGGGCCCAUCGUCGGUGUUACCGUCUGGACCGGGGAUGCUUGGUAGUGGUGCCAAUGCUGGGUUAGGCGGUACCGGACGAGCAGGCAAUUGUCGGUGCUGCGAGCAGUGCCAUGCACAUCGCAACGUGCUACCCUCGGCAUACCCAUGGGAAGGAGACAAUCGUUUCUGGACCCCUGGACAGGCCGGUAACUUCUACUCACCUAACCCAGGUGGUGAUGAGCCGGGCACGGGUGGCCGCUUGAACGCGAGUGGACGACGUAUGCCUGGGUGGAGCUGGCCAAGAAUGCCCUGGCAGCGGAGUGAUGCAUCGCAACGUCUAUCACCGCACAGUCCCGAUUCUCAGUACGGGUUUUCGAAUCGUGCUGGUGUGGCACCGGGGAUGGUACCGGGUGCUGGUACGCUUCUGGGCGAUCCUGUGCAGCCGCGCUACAAUGUAAUCGACCAGCAGUACGGUAUCUGGGGACCACCGCCACCGUACAGCGAUCCAAACAGUCCGGCCCGUCGUGGACGUUAUCAGUACAUUCAUCCGGCACAGUGCGGUCCACCGUUGAUCGAUCCAAGCGGUAUUGCAGCACCGGGUUCUUCCAUGGUUGGUCCGUCAAAUGCUGGAGGAGCCGGUAUCGCUAUUCUGGAGUGCCAUCAACACUCGGUGAUGGGCGUGGACGUGCACGGUAUUCCACAGCAGUACGUUAGCGGUCAAACGACAAUGUCAAACGGAUCGGGUCAGCAGGCUCUACCUUCCAACUAUGGUCGCGGUGGCUUGGGCAAUGGUAUCGUCGGCGGAGGAUCUUCCGGUGGUUCCAAUGUAGUUGGCAAUGGUGCCAAUCUUGGUAGUAAAACUAGGCAGCAAACUGGAGGUUACAAGCAGUCACAAACGAAGGAAAACUAUGAGAACACACCAUCGGACAGUGAUGGUCCCGGGCGGGAUCGGUUUUCCAAUACGCUGCCCCUGCGUAAAGCGAAGAAACGUGUGGAAGCUGGUGCGAAAAGUAUUGGCCCAGCAAACAACAGCCAACCAACGAGUGGUAGGGUGAAUGUACAAAACGUGUUCGGAGCAAACCAGGGUGCACCCGGAUCGCUCGAAACAUCCGAGAACGAGUAUAACGAACCAAUCUUACCAUCGCCAAAUGGUGGACCGGAUGAGUGUUCUGGUCGAGUAGGGUCACCGCACGGUUUGCAAGGAAUACCAUCCGGGUUGGUUCCACACCCUCCAAGAAACCGGCGACAGAAGCUACCCAACGCGGUGGGCAUUGAAAACAGUGGAUUCCAGACGGUGGAGGCUCUCGAGGCGGAAGCAGCAUCGGCGGUCACGGGAAAGUUGCUGGAGCCCACCGAGUCUGAGGUGUACUUUGCGGACGUGAGCAGCUGCUGCAAUAUGUCCGUGAAGAAUGACAACUACUACGAAGAUGCGAACCAAAGACGUAAAAAGGAGAAACAGCAGCAACAGGACACAGCGGACGAGUAUAUUGCGCAACGGUUUGGCAAGCGCGAAACAUCGAUCCGUAGCCGGCAACCCUUCCCCCAGACCGUACUCGGACUGGGUGACAAGCCACAGGUGAUGCCUCGAUCCUCACUGCUGCCAAAGGAUCACUCCCGCCAGAGCAUGUGUUCGAUGGAUUCGGGCGAACGGACGGACUAUACCGAUCUGUCACCGGCCACUCCCAGUACAAACUUCCCGUCGAUCGGUGCACCCGCGAUCGGUAGUGGGAAGCAUCAACCGACACAGCAAACCUCACCGAACGAUGGCGGCACCAAUAUCCGGCCGGAACACGAUGGACCGGCGGGGGGUUGCAACUUUAUCGCCUCGUACCCGUAUUCCUCGAACGAACAGAGUCAGGAGGCACACCGGCGCUCGACCAAAAACCUGCACGACAUCUUCCUGGCUCCCGACUCGCAGUACGAGGUAAUGAAGGAAUUGCAUAGAUUUAAGUCGACACCACUAACGCUAACACCCUUCGAACCACCUGACGGUGGCCGCUCAUCAUCGUCAUGUCAGGACAUGCCGGGCUCGUUUCCUCCAUCGGUAGCGGUGGCGACGGCUUCGAUGACAGCAACAGGUAGCGAUCGGACCGAUCGUACAGCGGCGGCACAAUCGACCAAACCAAAGUCACCGAAGAAUCUCAACAUCACGCCAAUCAAACGCCAAAGCCUUGGCACAAACAUUAGCUCGAUCAUCCAGAACUUGAGCGGCAGUGACGUUGGACUGCUGUAUCCCGAGGGUCGCAAUCAUGGGCCAUCAUACCACCAAAGUGUCAUCGGAUCGGAAGGUUCGUCGUCUGCUGUGACGAAUGGAGAUGCAACAGGCGCAUCGGUUGGUAAUCGUCGGCAACCCGUCCCAGAGGUAAAUGACAGUGUCAGCAGCAAUGAGGACAACGAGGACCAUCAUCCGAUCGAUGGUGAACGGAGACGGAGUGCCGGUGAUCGUAGAUUGUGAGACGAAGUGUAUGUGUGAGCUAUCCUCACAGAUUAGGGACCGAAGUUCUCCGAGUACGUUGCACUCUUUUUGUGCUGCAAGUAUGUUUCCCACAAGCCCUCACAAAUAGUAAACCGCGUAGAUGUACUUUCCUAAGGGUCCUGAUAGGAAUGUAUGUAGUUAAGUGUAGCGUUCUUAAUGUGGCAAUGAUGUCAAGCAGUAUAGGCCGAAUUAUUUCGCAUCGGCAAUCAGCGGCAUGCGUUUGUGUCAGGAUUAUGUUAGGAUCCUUGAACGAAAGCGAUACGGCACCUCGAUAAUGGAUAUUCCAUAAUUCUUUGAAUAUCGUUCCAUCCAUAGCAACUACCGACAUUGGUACGUAGAGACCAAAUUAGACGGAAUUGAUGAUAGACAUCAUCAUUCACGAAAUCGUUGACGCAUAACUAAAUGGUUUUUGCUAUAAUUUUGGCCACCAUAACAUAAGAUAGAGAGAGAGAGAGAGAGGGAGGGAAAUGCUAGUUGAUAACCUAUCCAUCCGGAACUAUCGCGUCCAUAGCUAUGCAAAAGUUUCGUCUACUCAUUUAUGUUCAUUGUCAUUCGGGUGACUUGUCCGAUAGGUAGCGUUCCCCGAGAGCGUCGGAGUGCGUCGAAGUAAGAAUUGCAAUUUGGUAGAAGAAUUUAAGUCGGUUCGCUAAAUGAUCUCCUCUAUUUUGCGUAGCUUUAAAUAACACAUUCUCUUCUCGUUAGCAUUCUAGUAGGAUGUUUCGUUACAGCAUCCGAAUAUAUAGCAGACCAGGGUCAUCCAGCAUCAGCGGUCCAGUUUUACUUCCGCUCAGUUCAGCUGAAAAUUAAUAAAUAUUUAGUGUAAAUAUAUUCCCCCCCCAAAAACACUUGGUAGAUAAAGCCGUUAAGCAAACAAAAAUAGCACAAAUGAUUGAAUAACCUUGGGUGAAUUUUGGCAUCGCUGUUAAGUAGGUAAAGCUUUACGCAAAUGUUUGUUGUGCACGGAUUACUUUCAUCCGAAGUUAGCGGCGCAAGUUUCGAGUUUAAGUUGUAAAUUAAAAUACUCCUCCAUUCGUCAACAAAACCUGUUCCAUCCCGUAGGGUUAAACGCAUCUGUAAGUUAUACUGUAGGGCAAAGGUAGUGAAAAUAUACUAACGGAUGCAGCAAAACUCGAUCAAUGUAAAGGGUGAAAAUUUAGUGGAAAAGGGAAAAUAAUUCGCUCAAAUUUAUAGUAAAACUCGAAGUGAUGUUAGAAACAUCCGUUGCCAUGUACAACCGACGGGCUGCGAACAUUAAUGUUUCGAAAUGUUUCGCUAGCUUAAGACGUGAGCAGUACGAUCAGUUGUUUGCAGAAGAACAACACGUGAGGAUGGGAUUUAUUGUAACUCUUACAAAUAGCGGAAAACACACAUGUUUAACUACAAUCAUGAGUUGAUUGUCUAAUAUGCUCCCACUGCUGGAUGCAGAAGCUAAAAUAGAUACAUAAGUAUAAAGCUUACGAUCAGGUGGUUGCUUGGAAGAGUAAAACAAUACUAACUAAUACCUAUAAUCCACCGGACACAAAUGAAACGAACAGUGGAAGCAAUGAAAAGUAAAGGAAAUAAAUAUUAUGUAUUGAUUUGUUAAAAA